AUGACCACACCUGUGUCAAUCUCAAACCCAUCAUCCUUUUGUGGAUUCAUUUGGUCAGGCCCAAGGGCUCAUGAUCAGAAGUCGGCAGACAGGAGGAUGGCCACUGACGAAGGGUAUGAAGCCAUGAUCGGUGAAGGGAUGAAGAAUCUAUCAUUUAAUGAGAUUCAAAAAGAGCAAGAAGUGCUUCAUGGAAUUACAGACAACGUUGAUCUAAGUGAAAGUGCCACAGAUGAACUUCUCCUAACGCUAACAGGUCACCUGAAUCGUCUAAAGAAAGGCUCUGCAUAUGAAACCGCCGAAAGAAAAAGCACAGCUCAUGCCGCGAAUAGAGACCUGCAGAUGGCUUUCUUAAGAGCCAAUCGGUUUCAUCCUAAAGAGUCAGCCGAGAAAAUUAUCAAGUUCUUCAACAUGAAACAAGACCUCUUUGGUGAAGAGAGCUUGAACCGGGACAUCACCGCACAAGAUUUGAAUGACGAUGACAUGAAGGCCUUGUCUGAAGGUUAUUUCCAGUACUCCCCAUUUCGUGAUCGAUCAGGACGGAAACUAUUACUUACCUUCCCUGGCCUGCGAACCACGGGAAAUGUCCGUGCUGAGCUCCGAGUAAGAUACUAUGCCAUGGCAAAUUGUGUUGAAACAUUGGUUGACAUCAGCAAAGGAGUAGUCGUUGUAAACUAUAUGGUAAAACAGUAUCAAGAUCGUUGGGAUUCAGCAGGAUACAUAGAAGCAACAGAGCUGUUCAACGUCGUUCCUUUGAACACUGCUGGAAUCCACACAUGUGUCUGUACCAAAAUGGAAUCCAUGAUAAUCAAUGCAUGUGUUGCAUUGAUGCCUUAUCGCACUCGCGUCAAGUCAAAAGUGCAUUUGGGAAGUCAUGUCGAAUGUCAGUACUUGCUUGCAACCUAUGGUAUCACCAAAGGAGCGCUACCACUGAGGGGUGCGAACCAUGAUAUGGACUUGACCUAUUGGAAUACUUGGUUCCAACAGCGGAAGAUACAAGAGCAACGGGAGCAUCCAUCACGAAUCCAAUUUCACCGUAACUCCUCCUCGAUGGAAUCAUCAUCCAUCGCAUCGCAACUUAACAAAAACAACAAUGCUGCUAUUGUGAGCCACGGUCCCAUGUCGUCGAUCAGUGGUAAUGAAAACGAUGUGCUGUGUCUGGGUAGAAUUGUCAAACGUAUGGGUAAUGAACGGUUGCAUUCGUUGGGACUCCUCUAUGCAACGGCAUAUGACAAUGGUAGUGUUGCCGACCGGCGUAAGAUUGUCAAUGGGAUUAUCGACGAGAUUCAUCGGCACGGCGGUAGAUUCCUAAAACCAGAUUCCUCCUCAGAUGCAAGAUCACUUGAUGAUGACGAAUCACCACCGCGCCUGAAAGAGCUUUCGCUUAAUGAACAGCGUACAAAAGUCAUGCAGCUCUUUCGCAACUUGCGGCGUCGUCAGGCUAGAGGAAACGGCCCAGUAUCCACUGCUCCAGCAUUGGCAGAAUCAUCAUCAUCAUCGUCGGUACCAGCAACUUCAAGUUCAGCGUUGCCAGCCUUGACGCCAUCUGGAACGUUAGCAGUGUCCUCUGAAACAUCGCCACAACAGCCUCCAAUGAUUGUGAGUCGACCAAAUCCAGAGGAUGUCUUGUUUGGACAGCAAAACGAAAAUCCGGGCAACCAACUGCUACGGGAGCUCGUUGGUAGUUUGUCAGAAGAGUACAACCGCGCCGGGCGCGGAGAGAAAAAGAAGAUUGCCGCACAGCUGGCCAAUAGCAUACAUGAAAGUGGGGGACGGUUUCUAAAGCCGAUGGACGAUGGGAGAUGGGAGAUUGCACCUUUUGAAGUUGCUUGCGACAAGAUUUCGAAGCACUUUCGUAAUAUCAGAAGAAAACGAUGA